CACACGGCCGCUCGCGCCUGCGCAAACGCCCCCGGCCCGAGGGCUGGCACCCGCCGCGCUUUUGCCUGGCUCUGGGUUCUAAAUCUCCCGAGCCUCGCGGGACGCGCUCCGUGGCGCUGGCUCCGUCGCUCUGGCUCUCCGCGCCGGGCUUCCGUGGCCUUGGUGGCUGGCGUCCUUGUCAGGUCCCCUUCCACCGCCCCGUCGCAUCUUCCUCAGGUCCCCCACUUCCCGGCCUUCUCAACACCGCACGCCCAUCCAGUCCUCAGCCCUCGGCAAGUCUUCCUAGGGCGCCCCCCCCACCCCCGCCCUCGGGCCCCCGGUAGAAUGGGGGACAACACCAGCCCCAUCAGCGUGAUUCUGGUGAGCUCGGGGAGCAGGGGCAAUAAACUGCUGUUCAGGUACCCCUUCCAGAGAAGCCAGGAGCACCCGGCGUCCCAGACAAAUAAGCCUCGUAGCAGAUAUGCUGUCAACAACACCGGAGAUCAUACCGAGGACCAGGACGGUGACUCCAGCGAGCCAUGUCCUCCAACCGAUGAGCAAUUGGUUGCAGGGUUUUCAGAUGUCAUUCUGGCAACAAUUUUGGCAACCAAGUCUGAAAUGUGUGGCCAAAAAUUUGAACUGAAGAUCGAUAACGUGCGUUUUGUCGGGCACCCGACGCUCCUGCAGCACGCGCUGGGGCAGGUCUCCAAAACAGACCCGUCCCCGAAGAGGGAAGCUCCCACCAUGAUUCUUUUUAAUGUGGUAUUUGCACUAAGGGCCAACGCGGAUCCCUCGGUGAUCAACUGCCUGCACAACCUUUCCCGACGAAUCGCCACCGUGCUGCAGCACGAGGAGCGCCGCUGCCAGUACCUCACUCGGGAGGCCAAGCUGAUCCUCGCGCUGCAGGACGAGGUGUCUGCUGUCGCCGACGCAAAUGAUGGUCCGCAGUCUCCGUUCCAUCACAUACUGCCCAAGUGCAAGCUGGCCAGGGACCUCAAGGAAGCUUACGACAGCUUGUGUACGUCUGGCGUGGUGCGGCUGCACAUCAACAGCUGGCUGGAGGUGAGCUUCUGCCUGCCCCACAAGAUCCACUACGCUGCUGCGAGCCUCAUCCCCCCUGAAGCCAUCGAGCGGAGCCUGAAGGCCAUUCGGUGCACGCCUGGGGCAGGGGACCUGUGUCUCACAUGUCCUGCUGACUGGACUCUGCUCCACAGCCCGUACCAUGCCCUGCUGCUGCUCAGUGACGAGAAGUCCCUGCUGGGUGAGCUCCCACUCGACUGCUCCCCGGCCCUGGUGCGUGUGAUCAAGACCACGUCUGCCGUGAAGAACCUGCAGCAGCUGGCCCAGGAUGCAGACCUGGCCUUGCUGCAGGUUUUCCAGCUUGCAGCCCACCUGGUGUACUGGGGCAAGGCCAUCAUCAUCUACCCGCUGUGUGAGAACAACGUCUACAUGCUCUCUCCCAACGCCAGCGUGUGCCUGUACUCGCCACUGGCUGAGCAGUUCUCCCACCAGUUCCCGUCUCAUGACCUGCCGUCUGUCCUUGCUAAGUUCUCCUUGCCCGUCUCCUUGUCAGAAUUUAGGAACCCCCUGGCCCCCCCUGUGCAAGAGACCCAGCUCAUUCAGAUGGUGGUGUGGAUGCUGCAGCACAGGCUCCUGGUCCAGCUGCACACCUACGUGUGCCUGAUGGCCUCACCCAGCAAGGACGAGCCCCGCCUGCGCGAGGAUGAGGGCUCCUUCACUACCAGGGUCAGCGGCCGCAGCCUCAGCACACCCAAUGCCCUCAGCUUUGGCUCCCCAACCAGCAGUGACGACAUGACGCUCACCAGCCCCAGCAUGGACAACUCCAGCGCAGAGCUUCUCCCCAGUGGAGACUCCCCGCUGAACAAGAGGAUGACAGAGAACCUGCUGGCCAGCCUGUCCGAGCACGAGCGGGCAGCUAUCCUCAGUGUGCCUGCAGCCCAGAACCCCGAGGACCUCCGCAUGUUUGCCAGGCUGCUGCAGUACUUCCGUGGCCGCCACCACCUGGAGGAGAUCAUGUACAAUGAGAACACCAGGCGCUCGCAGCUGCUCAUGCUCUUCGACAAGUUCCGCAGCGUGCUGGUGGUGACCACCCACGAGGACCCAGUCAUUGCCGUCUUCCAGGCCCUGCUGACGUGAGCCUGGGCCGAGGGGGCAGAGGCAGGCAGCUGCAGUGCAUGGGGGCACCCGCAUCUCCCCACCCCAGGGCUCCCUCCCGACCCGGCCUGAGUCCUUUUAGCCCUGAGACCCGACUUCACCUGCAUCAACUGCCUCCUGGGGCUGCCACCCUCUGCAUUCUCACCUGUCUAGUCCUCAGAACAGGUCCGGUGCCUGAGCUGAGAGGGUGAGGCUCUGAGCUGGGGAGCCGUCCAGGACUCAUGCUCUGAGUGAGGCCUGCAUGCUUCCCACAGAUUUGGGCCACAUGUUUCUCUGACCUCCCUCCCAAUCCUGCCCGUGUUCCCUGGCCCCUUCCACUGCUGCCCUUCCAAGACGGAGGGCCCAGUGCCUGGCCUAUCCUGAAUGGACCCCCUGCACUGCCCCUUCCUCCCAGCUUGCUGUGGGCCUUCCUGGCCCGGCCCUCACCACAGGCACCAGGAGGCUCAUGCCUUAGCCAUCCGCUCCCCUUUGCCACCUGAGGCAUGAGGGCCUGGGCUCGUCCACGAUGCUUACUGGGCUCCCCGUUGGGGUGGCUGCACUGGUGUUCCCAGUCCUCCCUCACAAGGGUGGGGUGCAGUGGGCCUUCAUCGGGCCUGAGGAAGGCAGUGCCCAUGCUGGGCCUGGCUCGAGGUGCCCUGCUGCACACGUAGCCCCUGACAGCCACAUCCUGGAGGAGGAACUGAUCAUUGAGGGGGCUCUGGCUGAGACACAAGUGACACGUUUUCUAGAAAUAAAGAAUUUAUUUGGUUUUUAAACAAUUAAAAAGCCUGUCCUUAGCAGGCCCUUGCUUAGA